AUGGGAAAUAAUCUUUGCUUCUAAACUGGUGAGAGAUCUUCACAGUUUCCUUAAUUAUUAUUAAAAUACGAAAUAGGAAAUUGUGAAAUUGCAUUAACAGCAGGUCCAGUUGAAAAUGAAGAUGUGGAAUGUUUAGUGAUUCCGACUGAUUCUGGAUACACUAAUAUUAAGCAAAGCGAUAGACCUAGUUUUAAAUAAAUAAACGAGAAAUGUGUUUUUGUGGCUGGUAGUAAAAGUAUCGAAUUCAUUAAUGCUAAUAAGAACGCAAAAGCUAGAUUUUUGCAGUUGUCAUGGACAAGAAUUACUCAGUAAAAAAUGAUGAUGGAGAAGAUGAAAAACAAACUAUUUAUGCAACAGUUUAAGAGGCUCUCAGAUUGGUAAGUGAAUCAAAUAUAUUCUAAGGCUGAACAAAAACAAAUGAAAUCAGUUGGAUUUCCAGUAUUUGAAUCUAAAGAUCAUACAACCUCAGCCACAAUCAUGUUGAUGGCUAUUAAACUUACUAUAACUGAGUAAAAAAUAAAAUCCCUUAAAAGAAUUGCAAUAACUCUUGAUGUAUAAAUUAUUUUUUAAUUAUAUUAAGCAUAUAGAGCAAGUUAGUAGUUUUAAAUGGGUAUUUUAACAAGUUUUUAAAGGAAGUGAAUAAUUGAGAUACUCAAGAGCCUACUCAAGUUCAAUAAAUACAUAAAUAGAUUCGAUUUCUAUUGAUGAUUUAAAGUCAAAGGUAAAAAGUAAUACAAAGGAAGAAACUCCUUGAA